UUGAUGCUCCAGUGAGAUGAUUCAAGUUGAAUUAUCAAAAAAAAAAAAGUGUUCAUUUCUUUAAAGAAUAUAACUCGGCAUUCCUUGUAAAAAGUAUUCUAGUUAUCACAAGUAAACCUGAUUUGCCAAGAAAUUAAAUAAUGGAGCUUCAGAUUCCAGAUGAUAUAAUAAAUAAAUAAAUUGCUAAGAAAGAGAGAUGUGUUUCAAUCAGUUGGGUGCUGAAAAUAAUUAACAUACAAAAAGGCGGCCUCCCGUUUCGACGACAGAUCGAAUUGCCGAACUAAUGGUUAUAGCUAAGUGUUAACUAUGCCGAUGAAGCUCGUAUAGUUUGAUUUUAGCACAAGUUGUUUCUGGUGUUUUCGUCAAACAAUGGAAACUGCAGAAGCGAACUCUUUGUUAGGAUACGGAAAAUCUCCAUGGGUGUUCAAAGGCAGUGCCUUGUACCAGCUGCAUCUCGUCAAGGCAGAGACAGCUCGAGCUUUUAUUCCGAAAGAAUUCAAAUUGGUGGAGGCAUUUGGAUAUACACUCGGUGGAUUCUUUCUUGCGAAUUACGAGGACAGGCCUGCUGGCAAAUUUGAUGAGCUUGUCGUCAUAGCAGGAAUCUUAUGGAAUCCACCUACAUCGUGUGCAUGGGCUGCAAGAGUUCUGGUGAACAGUGACAAGGCAUGCGUCCAUGGUCGAAAGGAUGUUGGACUUCCGAGUCAAGUUGCAAAUUUUACGAAGAGUGUUACAGCACUUCCUGCGACAAGGAGAAAUGGAUUCGGUGGGUUUAUGAACAAGAUUGGCUUGGCUCAUAAUAAUAAUAAUAGCACGAAGAAUUGUACGAAUAUACAAGUGAAAGAGAUGAACAAUCAUACGGCAACUGGCAUUUGCACUAUCAACCUUCCUGCAGCACCUCAAAACGACGCAAAACGAUGGAUCGGCUUUGCAAUCAAAAUGUCCCUCCCAAGCUUUAGCGGCCGCACUGAAUAUAACCCUAACCUCCUAAAGUACUCUUGCCAGAUCGAAUGCAGGAUUCGAGAAGCCCCCGUGGAUUUUCAAGGGCAGUGCUGUGUACCAGAUUCAUUCCGUUCGAGUCGACUCUGUUCGACCUUUCAUCCCCAAAGAAUUCAAAGUGGUCCAGAACUUUGGAUACACUAUGGGAGGGUUUUUCCUCGCCAAUUACGAGGAGAGCCCUUUUGGUGCGUUCGACGAGUUGGUGAUAAUUGCUGCUAUAGUUAAGCCGGAUCGAUCAUCUCGCGCAUGGGCUGCGAAAGUUCUUGUCAACAGCGAUGAAGCUCGCGACCACGGACGAAAGGUAUUCGGACUUCCUAGUCAAGUUGCCAAUUUUAUAACGAAGAGUAAAGUAAUAUCCCCACAAUCAAAAGCAGAAGGCUUGUUCAAUAUAAAUGGCUUAGGCUUUUCUAAAUUGCCUAAGAAUUAUAAGGACACACAAAUAAGAGAAAUCAAGGAACAAGGAGCAACAAAUUCCUGGAAUCUUAACAUUAAAACUAAAGCACCCAACUUGGAGCUCAAUAGGUUUAAUAUCAAUCCUCGAAUCAAGUUGUCCCUCACAAGUUUGAGUGGUCUCACUGAAUAUAAUCCACAUCUUCUUGAAUAUACUUGCCAGAUUGAAACCAGAGUGAGGGUAAUUGGAACAUCAAAGAUUUCAGAGCAAUUUGCACCAAGUAAUGAAGAAUGUGAAUUUUCGAAGCACCAAAAUUCAUCAGCAGAUAUGAAAAACCUGAUGAUUGAGACACUGGAAAAUUCAAAACCGCUUAUAGCUGUUGAAUUCAACUCUAUGAAAAUGACAGUUGACUCUCCGACUAUGGUCUCCAAAUGCUAAUAAAUUUGUAACCCCUACAUUCUUGUAUAUUUUAUUUCGAUCCAGUAAUUUCGACACAUGUACUAUAUUAAAUAUUAAUAUUGGAACAUGUCAAUUAUACUAUCUUAAUUAAUUUCGU